AAAUCCAACGCCGAGCUUGAACCGUCCGUUUUGGACCCGAGGGACGAAUACACGGCUGAUAGCUGGAUCGAGCGUAACCCUUCCAUGGUACGUCUCACAGGGAAACAUCCCUUCAACUCCGAGGCGCCUCUUAACCGUUUAAUGCACCACGGGUUUAUCACCCCUGUCCCGUUGCACUACGUUCGUAACCACGGCCACGUCCCUAAAGCCCAAUGGGCCGAAUGGACGGUCGAGGUGACCGGAUUCGUCAAACGGCCCAUGAAAUUCACCAUGGACCAGCUCGUCUCCGAGUUUGCUUACCGCGAGUUCGCCGCGACGCUAGUCUGCGCGGGGAACCGCCGUAAGGAACAGAACAUGGUGAAGAAGUCAAAGGGAUUCAACUGGGGAUCCGCCGGAGUUUCCACCUCCGUGUGGCGUGGUGUCCCUCUCUGCGACGUACUGCGUCGCUGCGGGAUCUUUAGCCGAAAAGGCGGCGCUCUCAACGUCUGCUUCGAAGGGUCGGAGGAUCUUCCGGGCGGUGCCGGAACUGCUGGUUCCAAAUACGGAACGAGCAUCAAGAAGGAAUAUGCCAUGGAUCCAUCAAGAGACAUCAUUUUGGCUUAUAUGCAAAACGGAGAGUAUCUAACACCAGACCACGGUUUUCCGGUUCGGAUCAUCAUCCCCGGUUUCAUUGGUGGCCGGAUGGUUAAAUGGUUGAAACGAAUCAUUGUCACAACUAAAGAAUCCGACAAUUUCUACCAUUUCAAGGACAACAGAGUUUUACCUUCUUUGGUAGACGCCGAACUCGCCGACGAAGAAGGUUGGUGGUAUAAGCCAGAGUACAUAAUCAACGAGCUAAACAUAAACUCCGUGAUUACGACGCCAUGUCACGAGGAGAUUCUUCCCAUCAACGCUUUCACAACCCAAAGACCUUAUACUUUAAAGGGUUACGCAUAUUCCGGAGGUGGAAAAAAAGUGACCCGUGUGGAGGUCACGGUAGAUGGUGGAGAGACAUGGAACGUAUGUGCACUUGACCAUCAAGAGAAGCCAAACAAGUAUGGGAAGUUCUGGUGUUGGUGUUUUUGGUCACUUGAGGUUGAGGUUUUGGACUUGCUUAGUGCCAAAGAGAUUGCUAUUCGUGCAUGGGACGAGACUCUCAACACGCAGCCCGAGAAAAUGAUAUGGAAUCUCAUGGGGAUGAUGAAUAACUGCUGGUUUAGAGUGAAGACUAACGUGUGCAAGCCACACAAGGGAGAGAUUGGGAUUGUGUUCGAGCAUCCAACGCUUCCUGGUAAUGAAUCUGGUGGAUGGAUGGCGAAGGAACGUCACCUCGAAAAAUCGGCUGACGCGCCUCCUAGUCUAAAGAAGUCUGUCUCGACGCCGUUUAUGAACACAACUGCGAAGAUGUACUCGAUGUCCGAGGUCAAGAAGCAUAAUUCGGCUGACUCUUGCUGGAUCAUUGUCCAUGGACAUAUCUAUGAUUGUACACGAUUCCUUAUGGAUCACCCGGGUGGUUCGGAUUCAAUCUUGAUCAAUGCUGGUACGGAUUGUACGGAGGAGUUUGAAGCCAUUCACUCGGAUAAAGCCAAGAAGAUGCUUGAGGAUUACCGUAUCGGUGAGCUCAUCACCACUGGUUAUUCCUCUGACUCUUCCUCGCCUAACAACUCGGUUCACGGUUCAUCCGCCGUGUUCUCGCUGUUGGCUCCCAUUGGAGAGGCGACUCCGGUUAGGAACCUCGCUUUGGUUAAUCCCCGGGCUAAAGUCCCGGUUCAACUCGUCGAAAAGACUUCCAUUUCUCAUGAUGUUCGUAAAUUCCGGUUUGCUUUACCGGUUGAGGAUAUGGUUCUAGGCUUACCGGUUGGUAAGCACAUUUUCCUUUGCGCCACCAUCAAUGACAAGCUCUGCCUCAGAGCUUACACACCAAGCAGCACCGUUGAUGUGGUUGGCUACUUCGAGCUCGUGGUCAAGAUUUACUUUGGCGGUGUCCACCCAAGAUUCCCUAACGGCGGGCUCAUGUCUCAGUACCUAGACUCUUUGCCUAUAGGGUCAACUUUGGAGAUUAAAGGACCAUUGGGUCACGUUGAGUAUCUCGGCAAGGGUAGUUUCACGGUUCACGGUAAACCAAAGUUUGCUGAUAAAUUGGCAAUGUUGGCAGGUGGAACCGGAAUAACCCCGGUUUACCAAAUUAUCCAAGCCAUUCUCAAGGAUCCAGAGGAUGAGACUGAAAUGUACGUCAUUUAUGCUAACCGGACCGAGGAAGAUAUUCUCCUAAGGGAGGAACUGGAUGGUUGGGCAGAGCAAUACCCGGACCGGUUAAAGGUUUGGUACGUAGUGGAAUCAGCUAAGGAAGGUUGGGCAUACAGUACCGGGUUUAUUUCCGAGGCGAUUAUGCGAGAA